GUGAUAUCAUCGUUGAACCAUCAACUUCGAAAUUUAAAAAGAAUGGAGAAGACUCAAGAAACAGUCCAAAGAAUUCUUCUAGAACCCUAUAAAUACUUACUUCAGUUACCAGAUUAUCAUUGAAGUGACAGAAAUGUUGCAUAAUGCCAGUUUACUUAUUGAUGAUAUUGAAGACAACUCAAAACUCCGACGUGGCUUUCCAGUGGCACACAGCAUCUAUGGAAUUCCAUCUGUCAUUAAUUCUGCCAAUUAUGUAUAUUUCCUUGGCUUAGAGAAAGUCUUAACCCUUGAUCACCCAGAUGCAGUAAAGCUUUCUACCAGCCAACUUUUGGAACUCCAUCAGGGACAAGGUCUAGAUAUUUACUGGAGGGAUCAUUAUACUUGUCCCACUGAAGAAGAAUAUAAAGCUAUGGUGCUGCAAAAGACAGGUGGGCUGUUUGGAUUAGCAGUAGGUCUCAUGCAGUUAUUCUCUGAUUACAAAGAAGAUUUAAAGCCACUACUUAAUACCCUUGGGCUCUUUUUUCAAAUUAGGGAUGAUUAUGCUAAUCUACACUCCAAAGAAUAUAGUGAAAACAAAAGUUUUUGUGAAGAUCUAACAGAGGGAAAGUUCUCAUUCCCUACUAUUCAUGCUAUUUGGUCUAGGCCUGAAAGCACUCAGGUGCAGAAUAUCUUGCGCCAGAGAACAGAAAACAUAGAUAUUAAAAAAUAUUGUGUCCACUAUCUUGAGGAGGUAGGUUCUUUUGAAUAUACUCGAAAUACUCUCAAAGAGCUUGAAUCUAAAGCCUACAAACAAAUUGAUGCAUGUGGUGGGAACCCUCAGCUAGUAGCCCUAAUAAAGCACUUAAGUAAGAUGUUUAAAGAAGAAAAUGAAUAAUAUUAAGUAAUUCUUGAUUGGUCCUAAAAGCUUGUUUUUAGCCUUUUUUUUUUUUUUUUUUUUACUCUUUUAGCCUAUCACCUUUU